AUGCUUCUGCACGAGAUAGAUUUCUUUCUCGUUUUGUCGAAGCGACGGCCGUUCCAUGUGCCUGUUGUUACAUAUCGCGAGACUUUCACUAGCCCCGAGAACGGGCAUACCAAGCCUGGCCGGACAACGCCAGCUCGGACUACGGACGAGCCCCGACGGCGUUGCGCUGGCCAUGGGGAUGUUUGGAUGUACGGGGAGCGCCUGCGAUUCGUGGUUUUCCAUUUGCUGCCGGACGAUGUUGUCGUCAUGCGUGGCCCCCGCGCUGAUCACAUCGAACUAGUGAUGUGCACCAAUGGUGCACUAACGUGA